AUGGAGAAGAGAAUUAAAUUGGACAAUGACAUACAGAACAAACGCCGACCUCUUCGCGCCCUCCGAGGAGGUGCUGACUACAAACACCUUGUACCGAAUGGGACGUAUAUCGACACAGCUGAUUUUGCCAGCCCGGAGGCGCUUGGAUGGCAUCUAAAGGGGCUCAUAUCCAACACAUCAGCUUACAUGGACAUCCUCAUGCACAAGGAACAGUACCGGGCCCUCAACUCAAAACAAGGAAAACUCAUGGCGUUGUGUGAAUUUUGUUAUCGACUUAAUAACCCGGGAACACGGAGGAGCACAUCGGCAGGUAUAGAGAAAUGGAAUGAAGAAUGCCAUGCUCCUACAGACCUUGGGUAG